AUGCGCCCGAAGGUGUCCGGGAGUGGUUGCGCUGGGAGCCCCGGGACCGGAGACCCAGCAGCACUCACCUGUGCACCCUCGCCCUCAGCCAGUCCCACUCUGGAGCCCUCUGCGCAGCCGCAGGCACGGGGCACUGGACAGAGAGCAGGAUCCCGAGCUGCCUCUGGAUCCCAAGUCCUCUCGGAAGCCGGCACCGGAGCUCGCCCGGCCUCCGAGGCUGGAGUCAAGGCAGGAGCCCGGCGCCAGUCUGCAUUCUCGGCCAUCCAAGGGGAUGUCCGGUCUGUGCCCAACAAUUCGGACUCGCCGUGGGCCCGCUUCGUAUUCCAAGGGCCGUUUGGUUCCCGGGCCACUGGCCUGGGGACUGGAAAGGCAGCGGGCAUCUGGAAGACACCAGCCGCCUACUUUGGCCGGCCACCCGGGGUGUCCGGCCCUGAGCGCGCCGCCUUUAUUCGAGAGCUGGAGGAAGCACUGUUUCCUAACCUACAUCCGCCAGUCAAAAAGAUUACCCAGGAAGACGUCAAAGUGAUGUUAUAUUUGCUGGAGGAGGUGUAUCCCAGACACUGGGAGAGCAUUACCUAUGGGUGAGUCCUUCUGCAGAGAGACAGGGACCUGAACACUGCAGCUUGCAUCGGCCAGUUCAUGGUGAAACAGAACAGUGUUUUGAUGGAGGAGAACAGCAAGCUGGAAGCCCUGCUGGGCUCAGCCAAGGAGGAGAUUUUACACCUCAGACACCAGGUGAACUUGCGGGAUGACCUCCUCCAUCUCUACUCAGAUUCUGAUGAGGAGGAAGAGGAGGAAGCAGAGGAAGACCAGCAGCGUGCUCAUCCCUGUGAUGCCCCCAAGCUGAUUUCGCAGGAGGCGUUGCUGCACCAGCACCACUGCCCACAGCUGGAAGCCUUGCAGGAGAAGCUGAGGCUGCUGGAAGAGGAGAAUCAUCAGCUGAGAGAAGAGGCCUCUCUACUUGACACCCUUGAGGAUGAGGAACAGAUGCUCAUUCUGGAAUGUGUGGAGCAGUUUUCGGAGGCCAGCCAGCAGAUGGCUGAGCUGUCGGAGGUGCUGGUGCUUAGGCUGGAAAACUACAAACAGCAGCAGCAGGAGGUUGUUCGGCUGCAGGCCCAGGUGCUGAAGCUGCAGCAGCGCUGCCGGACACUGCAGGACCUGCAGAAGUACACGGAUUGUGGGGGCAUGCUGAAUGAGAUGCAGGAGGAGGUGAGGACCCUCUGCCAGCAACCCCCAGUGUCCGCUGGGUCUGCCACCCAUUCCCCGUACCGCAUGCCUCUGGAGACUCUUCCUGGUUUCCAGGAGACCCUGGCUGAGGAGCUCAGAACGUCUCUAAGGAGGAUGAUCUCAGACCCUGUGUAUUUUAUGGAAAGGAAGUAUGAGAUGCCCAGAGGGGACACAUCCAGCCUAAGGUAUGAUUUUUGCAACAGUGAGGAUGGAGAGCAGGUGCAGGGGUUUGAGGCUGAGGAAGGGUUGAUGCUGGCAGCAGAUAUUAUGCGGGGGGAAGAUUUCACGCCUGCAGAGGAGUUGGUGCCCGAGGAGGAGCUGGGGACUGCUGAAAAGGUGCCGGCUGAGGAAGGGGUGAUGGAAGAGGCAGAGCUGGUGUCGGAGGCGACUGAGGCCUGGGAGGAGGUGGAACCGGAGCUAGAUGAGGCAACGCGGAUGAACAUGGUGACGUCAGCCCUGGAGGCCAGUGGCUUGGGCCCUUCACACCUGGACAUGAAGUAUGUCCUCCAGCAGCUGGCCAACUGGCAGGAUGCCCAUUACAGGCGGCAGCUGAGGCAGAAGAUGUUCCAGAAAGAGCCCCAGCCACGGACCUAA